AUGCGAUCGCUGCGACGUCGCCUGGCGACGCACGACGCGCACGUGCAUCUCCUGUCGCUCGCCGUCGCCGAGUACGUUGUCGCAAGCGAGCCGCACAUCCUUAAAGACGUGGCGCGCGAAGGCGUGCUGGAUAAGAUGGUUCGCAUGGCGGGAAAGAAAAAGACGCCGGUGCGCGUGAAAGACAAUGUGGUGCGGCUGAUCGCAAUGUGGGCGACAAUGGAGGAAACGCGAUACUUGCACGACUUCGAAGAAGCAAUCCGGACGUUCAGGGAGCAAGGCAUCAGAGUCCCUUCCUCCUCCUCGUCCCCAUUCCAUCCCCCAGGACCACCACCCACCUCCGCUCACCUCCAAUCCAACGCACCUCACCAUCCUAAUUCAUGCCAUGCAGCACCCGACCCACUCUCAGGUGCCACUCAUCCCCCAUCAUCCUUCUCGGCAUUCCCAAGGCACCUCCAAACCUCCGACCCACGCCCGGACGUUAUCGCCAUGCCUGCGGACUUCCUCGCCGGACCUCGUGACCAGGCUCGGCAGCGCAUUCCACGAGUGCUGAUCGUUUCGCAAGCACAGCAACAGGAAGGGGAAAACGAAUUUCCGGACCAGAGCAACAGUGAGAGUCCUUGGCCUGAGUUGGAACUGAGUCAUGUGAAGGAGGACUUUGCAAGAGCAAAAGAGACAGCUGAGCUUCUUGUGAGUGUGCUCGACUCGUGCGAAUCAGUCAGUGUGAAGGAGAAGGAGGAGGUUCUGAAGGGAGAGCUGGUUUUGUCUAUUCACUCUCAGUGCCGGGCGGCGAAGAUUAGCGUGCAGCAACGGCUGGAGCAGGUGGGAGUGGCGAUGGAAGAUUCGAUUCUAUUGGAUGGGCUUGGUGCGCUUGAUGAGCUGGAAAAGGUUUUCGCCAGGCUGGCGGUUAUGAGAGAGGGGUUGAAGGAGGCUAAGAAGAAAGGCAAGGAGGAGAGAAGAGAGAGGAGAGAGAGGAAGGCACGGAGGGAGGAGAGGAGAAAUGCACGAGCAGCGGGAUUAAGAGGACCUGAGGAGGAGUCUGGUGGGUCGGGAGAAGGAAGGAACGAGGUCGAGGAAGUUGGAGGAAUCGCUGAUAGGAAUAUGAAGACAGAGGUGAGAGGGGAGAUUGAAGAGGUUGUGGAAGAGGCAGAGAGUGAGGCGAGUGAUUUGAGUGAGGCAAGUGAGCCGAGUGAGCGCACCGACAGUAGUGAUGUUUGUACCAACGAUUGUGAGAAGCGAGAGGAUUUAGAGGUGCGGCUUGUGCAGCAGCAGGAAGCAGACGGGCAGUUGGAGCUGCUGCAACGUGAGGAUGACAACAGGGAGGAUGUUGGUGCCAGAGAGGAUGUUGGUGCCAGGGAGGAUGUUGGUGCCAGGGAGGAUGUUGGUGCCAGGGAGGAUGUUGGUGCCAGGGAGGAUGUUGGUGCCAGGGAGGAUGUUGGUGCCAGGGAGGAUGUUGGUGCCAGGGAGGAUGUUGGUGCCAGGGAGGAUGUUGGUGCCAGGGAGGAUGUUGGUGCCAGGGAGGAUGUUGGUGUUAGUGAGCUGCAGGUAGAAGGAUUAAAGCAGGUAUUUUGUUGUUCAGAUGGAGACGAGAGUGAGGAGAAUGAGGAGGAAGGGGUUCCACUGGAACGGAGAGGGAUUCGUAAGGUGAAGGAUCGGGCUGGUGAAGAAGAAGAGAAUGUGGAGAAAGAUGAGGAAGAGAGUAGUGAGAGGGGAGAAGUGGGUAAAAACGAAGGGGAAGAGAAGGGAGAGGUUUGA